CUCGGGGCCAGUGUUCGUUUGACCGUUUCGUUUUUCAGUAGCCCAAAGGCCGAUAGUUUAAAGGAUGAAGUUACUCGUUCUGGUAGUACUGGCAGUGGUUGGAGCGAGCAAUGCUGCUCGUCCCGGUGCCAUUGAGGUGAUCGACACGUUUAAGCAGAUCGUGCCGCGAUAUCUGGCGACGCUAGAUGCAGAUCAGGAGCAAAUAUUUACGCUGGAACGCGAAGGCACCGACGCGAUAGCGGAAUUUCACUCCGACAUUGCACUGGCGAAGCAAACGUUCGUCAUGUCCAUCACACUGCAGGAAGAUCAGCUGAUCGAUAUGAUCGGCGCACAGAACACAUCCGUAGCGGAUGAGCAGUGCAUGCAGUUCAUAGCCACCGCUGCCAACGAAACUGUCAACGUGAUCGGCGUGGGCUACACACAGUGCAUUAAUGCGGCCGACGAAGCUCUGGGUGAGGUCGUACUGUCUUACUACGGUAGUAUUGGAGCGUUGGAACAGACGGCCACCAACGUAACGCUGCUGGAUGUUUUUCGUGGUGAGAACGUGUUCUACACACCUGACAACAUUGUGGCCAAGCUGAGGCAAAAAGAGACCGAUCUGCGAGGAAACAGUUCCCCAUUGGCAGAGAAGCUGCAGGUGCAGAAGGACGGACUCGUUGCCAACUUGACGACGAUCCGGAACAGUUACAUCGGAUGCAUGACCGAUACAGAGAUUGCCUUCCGCAACUACAUCUCACUGGCUCAAAUGCAGCUGAGCAUGAUCUGUGGUGGAGAGGUCAACAUUACCCGAGAACUGAGUGAAUCCGAAUCAGAACAAUCGUAAUUAUAAUGAGAUGAAGCGAAUGUUGAAAUAAACUUAAUCUGAAGCAUG